GGGCUCGGGUCGCCGCCGGAGCGCUCGGGAGGGACCAGCCGGCGCCGGGCGAGGCCGUGAGCCCCGGCGGUGUCCGCGCCGCCCGCCCGGCCCGAGGGACGCGGAGGCCGGGGGGCGAGCUCCACCGUCCCGUUGCGCACUCCGGGCCCCGCUGCGGCUCCUCCGAGGCACAUCGGGGGGCCGCGUUGGGUGGAAGCGCUGUGAGGCGCCCGGGGUGCUCCCGGGCCUUGCGGGAAGCCUCGGAUUCUCGGGGCUUUGGACCCGCGCCCCUCGGAGGCGCGUCCGGCCCGCCCGGGACCCGCCUGGGCGCUGCGGUCUGCGCCCGGCUUAGAGAAAUUGCCGUGUGGGGAUCCGGGCUUUGUGAGUUAGCUGCACUCCGUUCGCCUCACUUAGUAAUUUACGCUGGAGCACAAAUUGGUCUAAGACGGGAGCGUGGGGAGCUUCUGGAAGAAGCCAGGAAGAUGGAGAUGGCCAAGUUCCGCUACAUCCUGCCCGUGUACGGCAUAUGCCAGGAGCCCGUGGGCCUGGUCAUGGAGUACAUGGAGAUGGGCUCGCUGGAGAAGCUGCUGGCGGCCGAGCCGCUGCCGUGGGAUCUGCGCUUCCGCAUCAUCCACGAGACGGCCGUGGGCAUGAACUUCCUGCACUGCAUGGCGCCGCCCCUCCUGCACCUGGACCUCAAGCCCGCCAACAUCUUGCUGGACGCCCACUACCAUGUCAAGAUUUCUGAUUUUGGGCUGGCCAAGUGCAACGGACUGUCCCACUCCCACGACCUCAGCAUGGACGGCCUGUUUGGCACCAUCGCCUACCUCCCUCCGGAGCGCAUCCGGGAGAAGAGCCGGCUCUUCGACACCAAGCACGACGUGUACAGCUUCGCCAUCGUGGUCUGGGGUGUGCUGACGCAGAAGAAGCCCUUCGCAGACGAGAAGAACAUUCUGCACAUCAUGGUGAAAGUGGUGAAGGGCCACCGCCCGGAGCUGCCGCCCGUGUGCAGAGCCCGGCCGCGGGCCUGCAGGGCCCUCCUGCGCCUCAUGGAGAGGUGCUGGCACGGGGACCCCCGCGAGCGGCCCACCUUCCAGGAAAUCACUUGUGAAACCGAGGAGCUGUGUGAGAAGCCGGACGGGGCCGUGAAGGAGCCGGCCCAGGGUCUGGACACGAAGCAGCCGCUGGAGCCCGAGAGCCCGAAGCCCGUGUGCACCCCUCUCAAGCGAGCGUCCGCGCCGACCUUCGACAGCGACUACAGCCUGUCUGAGCUCCUGUCCCAGCUGGACUCCGGCACCUCUCAGACCCUCGACGGCCCGGAGGAGCUCAGCCGCAGCUGCUCCGAGUCCCGCCUGCCGUCGGCCAGCAGCGGCAAGAGGCUCUCGGGGGUGUCUUCCGUCGACUCUGCCUUCUCCUCCAGAGGGUCCCUGUCCUUGUCGUUUGAGCGGGAGCCUUCAGCGGGCGAUCUCGGCACGACCGACGUCCAGAAGAGGAAGCUGGUGGAAGCCGUCGUGAGCGGGGACACCAGCAGGCUGAUGAAGAUCCUGCAGCCCCAGGACGUGGACCUGGUGCUGGACGGCGGCGCCAGCCUGCUGCACCUGGCCGUGGAGGCCGGGCAGGAGGAGUGCGUCAAGUGGCUUCUGCUCAGUAACGCCAACCCCAACCUGACCAACAGGAAGGGCUCCACCCCGCUGCAUGUGGCCGUGGAGAAGAGGGUGCGCGGGGUCGUGGAGCUCCUGCUGGCGCGUAAGAUCAGCGUCAACGCCGCGGACGAGGACCAGUGGACGGCGCUGCACUUCGCGGCCCAGAACGGGGACGAGGGCAGCACUCGGCUGCUGCUGGAGAAGAACGCGUCCGUCCACGAGGUAGACUGCGAGGGCCGGACGCCCAUGCACGUGGCCUGCCAGCACGGCCAGGAGAGCAUCGUGCGCAUCCUGCUGCGCCGAGGCGUCGACGUGAGUCUGCCGGGGAAGGACGCAUGGGUGCCGCUGCACUACGCCGCCUGGCAGGGCCACCUGCCCAUCGUCAAGCUGCUGGCCAGGCAGCCAGGCGUGAGCGUGAACGCGCAGACGCUGGACGGGAGGACGCCGCUGCACCUGGCUGCCCAGCGAGGCCACUACCGCGUGGCCCGCGUCCUCAUCGACCUGCACUCCGACGUCAAUGUCCGCAGCGUGCUGUCGCAGACGCCCCUGCACGUCGCCGCUGAGACGGGCCACACCAGCACCGCCCGGCUGCUCCUGCACCGGGGGGCCGACAAGGAGGCGGCCACGGCGGAGGGCUGCACCGCCCUGCACCUGGCCGCCCGGCACGGGCACCUGGCCACCGUCAAGCUGCUCGUGGAGGAGAAAGCGGAUGUGCUGGCCCGGGGGCCCCGCCACCAGACAGCGCUGCACCUGGCCGCCGCCGCCGGGCACACGGAGGUGGUGGAGGAGCUGGUGAGCGCGGACGUGCUCAACCUGGCCGACGCGCAGGGGCUGAGCGCGCUGCACCUGGCCGCCCAGGGCAGACACGCCAAGACGGUGGAGACGCUGCUGAAGCACGGCGCGCUGGUCAACCUGCAGAGCCUCAAGUUCCAGGGCGGCCGCGGCCCCACUGCCACACUCCUCCGGCGGAGCAAGACCUAGCCUGCCGCCCUGGACGCCGGGACCCCCGUGGGCUUCCUGUCCCACUGCCGUGUUCACUGUGGGGACGGAAGGACGCUGUGCCGGUCGGCGCUGCCCGCCACGUCUGCGGCCCGGCAGAACCCUGACCGGGAGGGCCAGCGAGAGGCAGGUGGCUGCCGACUCCGGGUUCGCGAGGGACAUCCGCUCGGGCGCGUCCCCCUCUGAGGGCUGUCGGCUGGAGCGCGCUGGGCUGCCGACCCCUCCCCUGAUCGCACGCCCGCUAUCAGAUGGACGAUGGGUCGGAAUCAUUUCUCUGCUCCUCGCUCCCUGCGGGGGCCCCGGGGUGGCCGAGCCAUGGCCGGAGCCGGUGCGAGAGGAGCUGUGUCUUGGAUCUGCAGACCCCGCAGCAGGCACUAAAGCCUGUUUCAGGGAGUUUUAGUGGAAUCCUUGUCUUACAGACUGUGUUCAAGAAACAGACAUGGUGUAACUAUCGCCUUAAACUUGUUAAAAACGCUCACGUCCAUGGGCUGUCUGGUCCGUGAAGGAUGUAAUGUAAUAAGGUUGGUUUUUAAAUGCGAGCCAGCGGUCACGUGGCCUGCUCGUUUCCAUCUAAAUGUGUCAGUCCUCGUGGGCGGCCGCACAUGUCCCUGAUGGUGCGAUUUGCUCUGCUUGUUGUGGGUUGCCUAGAGCGCCACCAUUUUGGCUUGGGACCACUGUCGGGCUGACCAGCUAAAUGGGCCACCAGCUUGCUGAUGUCUGGUGCGGUGGCGGUUUGUGUGGACUGCUACCGUCUUGGGGCCUCGUGGGGCGUGGGAGCCGCUGGACGAAGGCCUAGGCCGUGCCGGAGCCUCGGCUUUCUGGCCGGAAGCCCAGAGGUUGGCUGCGGAUGUGGCCCUGUGCUCAGACGCGCCCCGUGGCCUGGGAUGCAGUACGGAUGGAUGUUAGUGUACUGUGUGUGUUAAUGUGAACCUGUAUGCGGGGUGCUUUUCUGUGACGGGAAACAUCCGCUGCCUAGAGCGGGCUGUGUUUUAGUACACCUCACGCUUUCAUGACAGUGCACUACAGUGGGAUGUGGGACGUGCGGACGACACACUGUUCGGCAAUAAAACGAAACGAUCUUCUAA